UUUCCUGCUGUGGGUUGAGAGCUACAGAGGAGUCUCCAGAUGCUCCAGAGCCUGGGCUCAAAGGCCCUCGAGUCUCUGCAGCAAAAACCAUCAUCGAGUCUGAAGGUAUCCUGAGCCCUGAUCUCACACAGAGUUUAUUGCUACUGCCCAGUUCCCACCUGCCAGCUCAUGUUUGCUUUCCUGCUGCUAGAAAAUGAGGAAGGAGCAGCCCAAGGCCUCCCUGGCCUUUCCCCGUUUCCUUUUGUGGAGCAGGAAGGGAUUGGAGGUGUCCCUGUCCUGGAGCAGCUGCCCCAAGGCCUUCUCCUGCCCCAAGUGCUACCAGCUCCUGGCCCCGUUGCUGGGGGCUGGUUGCUGAGUUCCAGUUCUGGCAACAAUAGCCCAGCGCCCAGUGACCUGUGGAGGCAGCCGCAGCGCCUGGGCAGGGCUGAGCGGGUUGGCCACAGGCAGGCAUGGAGCUGCGGUGGCACAGACCGUAUGUCCCGCAGAGCACUCUUGAGACAGACUUCCCUCUGCCUCUGUGCAGGUGAGAACCUUGCCCACUGCUGGCCCUGGGCAGGGGGAAACCCCUGCCCCCCUCCCCAGGCAAUGCAGGAUGGAGAGCUGGGGACUGUGUGCCCUCACCCCAGCUGUGCUGUCAGGACUUGUCCAGCCCUGCUGCCCCUUUGUUUUACCAGGGCCAGUGUGGAGGUGGGAGGGGUGCAAGUGUCCAAGCACUGCUGGAGCUGGCUGCUGGGAAUGAAGCAGCCCUGGGCCAGACAUGGAGACCCCCAUCCCUAGGGUCCCUAUACCCCUAUCCAGCCCUGACAGCUAUCAGGGCAAGAUUCUGCUUCCCCUGGAGACAUUGCAGAGGAGAUGCAAUGCCCCAGGGCCUGGACAAACAUGUCCUCUGCCCCACUCAAGCCCCUGGGGAGCUGCCACCUGUGGCAUGAAGCCUUCAUGUCUCCUUCCCACCUGCAGUGACCAGUAUGUGAUGCUGUGGGGGCCCCGUCAUGCCCUGGUGCUGAAGCAGGCUGUGCGCUGGAAGUAUACCCCCAUGGGCCAGGAGGCUGUGGGCCAGAGCUGGUCCACAGGGCUGAGCAGCUGGAGUGAGAGGGAAGACGCGUGGUACACAUUGCCUGGCAGCAGCACUCGCCCGGCCUUCCAGCACUGGUAUCAGGCCCAUGCUGGGCGGGAGCAGGACUGCCUGCCCCAAGGUAAGGAGCUGGGCAGAGACAGGCUGUCCUGGACCAGGGGGAGGUGGAGCAGGAGAGCACUGAGAGAUGGCAGCAGACUGGAGGGAAGAAGCAGGGUUCAUGAGACAAAGCUGUGUGUUCCCUCUCCUGCUGGCUCUGCUUGCUGCCCUACAGCUUACGCCCAGCACCUGCGGGAGGUGGCAUGCUGGGACCCUGUCGUCCCUGCUCAAUACCUGGGACUCAGCACCCGCUGGGGAGCCUUCCUGUGGCAGGAGAAACCCAUCCGGGGGAAGGAGUACAUUGUCACCCGCAACCAGAGCCCCAGGGAGCUAGGGGGCAGCUCGGGCUAUGUCCCCAGCCUCUCCUUCUGCCAACCCCCUUUCACUACCAGGGACAUCCACAGCUGGAGUCAUCUCUACCACCAGCCCUCCACCAACCAGUAAACACUGUCCUACAGGAUUCCCCCUGGGCUGUUCUUGUGGACAGAGGAUGGAGCAGCAGUGAUGGGGGCGGACACGGUGACUCCAGCUGCUGAGGGGGGCUCGGGGGCUUGCGGGGGGGGGUGUGCACACCCUGUGCAGGGCCUUUGGGUCUUGGUGCAGGGCUUGGCUGGUAGAGGCAUGACAGGACUCCUGCAACCUGCUUUCCCCUGGUAGCACUAAGCACCCAACUACCACAAGUCUUCUCUGUGCACUUUCCUUAGUCCUUAAGA